CUCCAGAGUCGAAGAGAAACGAGGCAGUCAAGAGAGACGUGGAGAAACGGAUCUCUCCCAGCAAAACACUAAACACGAACACCUCCAGCUGAACGCUGCUUUUUUAGCUUCUCGUAUCACAUCCAUUCUCUUCCGAGUCGUCUUCAAGUUGUCAGUAGUGCCACAGUCAGCUCGAUCGCAGCUCGAUAUCACUCGGCCGUUGUACAAGGCCAUCGCUCGCUUCCCACCUCCUCUGCAGAUCCUAGUCCUUGCAUAUUACCUUUUUCCCUGCCGACCUCAUCAUCUGAUCACCCAUCUCCACGGCCGUCUCAUGUGGUGCAACAACAAGCCUGCAACAGGCCUCAAAUCUACCGGGUUGCACAGUCCAAAGGUUCACAACCUGGCGACAUCAGUUCAUCCUUGACCUGCAGUUCAUUCUCCUUGAAAAGACAGUGAACUUUCACGACCAUGCCUUCCGAUGAUGCUCCCCCAAGGAGCCCUCGGCCAAACCUCACUUCCAAUUCUCAGAGCACCAGCACCUCUCCAAGGCCGACCCAGCCCUCGAUGCGUGAUCCCAACGAAUCCGAUCUCAAUGCUGCAGACCAAGGUCCCUCCAUUCGACGCGACUAUGGUAUGGCUCCUCUAAAUUUCUAUCCUUCUGUCCCCGUUGCUGCUAAUCUCGCACUAGCCAGUAUCAACACCUCUGCUCCAUCCGCCCACCGCCCGAGAAGCGCACCUCGCCCCGAAUCGCCCACCCAAAGACCAGAUCGUUUGGAAUCAGGGUCUCACCUACAAUCCCCGCAGCCUACCCGCGCAAGACGUCCUAACACCAUGAGAAGAAUAUCAACUGCCAGGAAGAAGUUACCCCACCGCGGUGAACACUUCUCUGUCGAUGAUGAUCCAUCUGAGAUCGAUGACGAUCGCCCACCUCAAACUCCCAGAGAAGCCUCCAUUCCUUCCCUUUCUCGCAAAGAAUCUACCGUCCGCCGUCGAACCCAAGCUGUUGUCAACACUCUCCCUCGUGUCGACUCGGCCGAAGAGGACGAGGCUGCGGAACAAAUCCCAGAUCUAGAUCCCGCCGAUCUUGAAACAGAAGCAGACAAUUCUGAUAUCCUAGAACAAGGCGACCUUCAGGACAUGGAAGACGCAGACCUUAGUGAUGCUGAAAGUUUCACUCUCAAGGAUCGACAGUUGGCCAUUAAUGAAACCCAUCCCUUUGGUAUCAGAAUAUGGAAGCCUGCCUUGUACAAGAAAAAUCGCUCGGUGGAGAAGACGGCCGAGGAAGAUAUCCAUUCCUCACCAAGCCAAAUUGUGAGCCGUUGGCUCUGGGUCUUCAAUUGUCUCUGGACUGUUAUCUUCGGCUGGUGGCUAGCUCUCGCUGCCUUCAUCGCCGCCGUCGUAUGCUUCUUAGUCGCCUUCGAGCCAAGUGCCGCUGCCUAUGGUAAUGUCUUCUGGUCACUAGGCGGUUACUUAUUCUGGCCUUUUGGUAAAUUCGUCAAACUGGAACAGGACGAGAACUAUGUCGACGAGGACGAGGGAGAAGGCCGAAGCAUCAGUGAAUAUGAAAGAUGGCAAAGUGGAGACCUUGAAUAUGGUCGCUUGAUGUUUGGCCCAACUAUGACGCACACAGGUUCCAUUGUCGGCAGACACAGAAACAGCAUCGAUUCCGCUAGUGAGACCGACAGUCUACUUGAUCGAGGAGGUCGAGCGGACAGGUCAGACACUGCCGCCAGCUCACGCGCCAAACGACGACUCUUUGGCCGUGGCCAGUGGACUUUGGGAAGAGUCAUCUUCUUCGUCUUCUUUUAUUUCAAUGUUGCUCCUCUCAUGCUGAUGGUAUCCAUGGUCUGCUGGUUCAUGGUCUUUUGGAUCCCCAUGGGCAGGGUUUUGCUCAUUCUCCUCUAUCACCUUCGGAAGCGGCCCUUGUCUUUAACGUUCCAUCGAGACGUUUCCUAUGCUAGGAGCUCUACCACGCCCUCGUCAAUUGUUCUGUGCACCUAUCGAGCAGUCGGGCUCAAAUACUGGAAGUACACAAUUGACGGCACCAAUAUCUUUCUCAUAAACUUCUUGGCAGUGGUUGUGUUUGUCAUCCUCGACAGCUUCAUCUUGAAAGGUGCUCUCAAGCUUGACAUUUGGCUCACGAGUCCGGCCCUCCUCUUCACCUUGGGUCUCGUCUCCAUCAUCCCUCUUGCCUACUUUAUCGGACAAGCUGUGGCAUCUAUUUCAGCCCAGUCAUCGAUGGGCAUGGGAGCUGCAGUGAAUGCCUUCUUCUCAACCGUGGUCGAAGUCUACCUUUACUGCAUAGCCCUCCAAGAAGGCAAGGGGGCAUUGGUGGAGGGUAGUAUCAUUGGGAGUAUAUUUGCGGGCAUUCUUCUCCUACCUGGACUCUCCAUGUGCUUUGGCGCAAUCAAGCGAAAGACACAGAGAUUCAAUGUCAAAUCUGCCGCAGCCACCUCAACCAUGCUUCUCUUCGCUGUUAUUGCCGCAUUCGGACCAACCUUGUUCUACAAGAUAUACGGUAGCCAUGAAUUGAUUUGCAAGAGCUGUUCGGUGGACAGGGACUCUGAGGCCAGUCGAGACUGCAGGCAAUGCUAUUUUCGUCAAGUUCCCGCCAUUACUGAUGACUUCUUCAUCAAGGCAGUGAGACCAUAUUGCUGGAUUGCCGCUGUCCUGCUAUUCUCGUCCUACAUCAUCGGCCUCCUAUUCACCCUCCGAACGCAUGCAGCUGUCAUCUGGAGCACUGAGGGGGAGGAGAAGCGACCCCACCCAGUGCCAACUACAGCAGAAAUAAGCCCUACAGACACUCGACAUCACAGUGCGUUGAAUUCACAGGUGCUCCCAGCUGCGCAUGGGUCUUAUGUUUCAAGGCCGGCCAUUCGAGAGUCGCAGUUGUAUAAGAGAAUACUGGGGCAAUCUCUGCGAUCGGCUGGCUUUCCUGAGGAAGGAGAAGGAGUCGCCGAGCACGAAGCUACAACCUCAUCUAAAGCAAAACCACGGCAUACAGCAUCCGAGUCCCACUACAACGGCGAGUUGCCUCAUGUAGUGCCCCCGAAAUCUAGCCACGGUUCUGAUCAAGCCGGUAGUCCCAUGCUUCGACCGGUAGUGCCUGGCCUUUCAGAAGAAGACAACAAGAAUCUCGUGCGACAUGUGGCUGAAAUGGCGGCCACCGCAGCCGCAGUUGCCGCCAGGGACGCAGUGCAUAAUCCUAGAUCUACCUCAUACCAGACUACACAUGCUUAUAAGGCUGAUACUGCCAAAAUCCCGCGCCCUGGGGCUACCCGCAGCAAUACUGUGGGUGACAUGUUGGUAAGGCGACCCACAGAACAGCCAUUGCCUGGCGCAGCAGAAGGAGGAGGACACGACGCUCCGAACUGGUCUCGAGCCAAAUCAUCUAUUAUACUCCUCGUGGCAACAGUGGCUUAUGCAAUUGUCGCCGAGGUGCUUGUUGACACUGUUGAUGUUGUACUCGACUCGGUCGAAAUUGAUGAAAAGUUUCUCGGAAUCACGCUGUUUGCCCUGGUUCCCAACACAACCGAGUUCCUGAAUGCCAUUUCUUUUGCCAUGAAUGGCAAUAUUGCUCUCAGCAUGGAGAUUGGAUCCGCAUAUGCGUUGCAAGUGUGCUUACUCCAGAUCCCCGCGGUGGUACUAUUCUCUGCUGUCAGUGGCCAGUUUGUGGACCCGGCGGAUCUUAUCGACCACACAUUCAACCUGAUAUUUCCCCAAUGGGACAUGGUCACGGUGAUUUUGUGCGUGUUUCUACUCAGUUAUAUGUCGGGAGAAGGCAAGAGCAACUAUUUCAAGGGUAGCAUUUUGGUCAUGACAUACUUGGUUGUGGUGUUGGGUUUCUUCUUCAGCGGCUACACCACCAUGACCAUUAUGGGAGGUGACCCUAAUGAUACACUUGCCAUCAUGUCGAGUAUGGCGUGGCAACACAACACUGUUGGAGGCCCCGCGCCAGCCAGAUCGAUUAGCAGAAGAGAGCUUUGAAAGGGGGAUUGCAAGAGAAUGGUUGUUGGGCGCAUGGAUAUGGCUGCAUUUUAUUUGAUUACUGGCGUGCAGUAUACAGCAGGGACGUCCCGGGCUUGGAGAGACCUAGACCAUGGUCACCCUAGCAAGAUCCUAUCCUACACCGCUUCUCUGACUAGCAUUAAUCCAUCGACAUUGUUAAACGGUUCAUUUCUCGUAUAAAUUAAUGAUUGGG